AUGUCUUGCGUUUCGAAUCACGACCUCUUCAACUGCCCAGGUUCACCGCCACAUAACUUGGAUGCCUGUGCGCUCGAUGUGUUGGACACGCUGAAGGAAGCUGGUGUGCGAAGGGACGCGGAGCUGAUUGUUUGUGGCCACUCGUUUGGUGGCAAAGUCGCCUUGGCAGUGCUGGAAGCCCUGCAGGCACAAGGAACCCCGCCGAGGAAGACCUGGAUCUUCGACUCGGUGCCAGGUUGCCCAGCUGCCCUCCCGGCAGAGGAGGAACGCCGUGAGCAAAGUGUGGGCUUUGUGUUCAAAGUGGUCCAAUCAACCUCCGGCCAGCAGUUUGCAGAACGUGCAGAUCUCGUGAGACAUCUACAAUCUCAUGGCCUGAGUCAGCCUUUGGCGGAGUGGAUUGCUCAAUCAGUGCGAUCCACCCCGGAAGGCUUCGAAUUGAGCUAUGACAUUGAUGUUGUCGGUCAGCUUUAUGCAGCCUACCAAGGGAAAGAUAUGUGGCAUCUUUUCAAGGGGCCUGCGGUUGCAGCUUCUGCCGGGAUGCCGAUGAAGACGUUGACUCCUGCAGACCUUGCUGAAGACGUUGGCACGCCUGGGGUGAAGAGAACCUCAAGCAGUUGGAGUCGCUUCAGGAGGAGGGUCACAUCCAAGUGGUGA